ACAGUUAGUUUUAGUGGAAGUAGUGCAAUAUGGUAAUUUGUUCCUUCAUGCAGCGAUUUACCUCAUGAAAAUAGUUCCUCUCUAUUUCUUCCUCAUAUCAGAUUUUGGUGUUACUGUAGAUCGUUUUUAUUGAAGCCCUGUCUCCUACUUAAUACUUAUUUGUAGAGACAGAACUAGUCUGAAUCACAGACAUUUGUUACAUCAGAAGAGAUGGUGGCAGCUGCAGUCGUCUUUCUUACCAUGGGAAUACUCUCAGGAUAUUGUGCUGGUCAAGAUGUGUUUCCACCUGGACCUGUGAAUGGAACAUUGGGAGGAAAUGUGAUUUUCAAAACCACCAUCAAUCCAAACACACUUUUUGCAAUCAGCUGGACUUUUGGUGAACCCCCUGUCCCCGUUGUUGACUUUGUCAGUUCUGCAGGUCCUGUGAUCGGAGUGGGAUAUGUUGGUAGGAUCAGUCUGGACAAUAGCACUGGAUCUCUGGAGCUCAGGAAACUGACCCUGAUUGACAGUGGGACAUACAGAGUGAGCCUAAGAACGGCUGCUGUUAUUCAGGUGGGAUCUACUUCACUGAUUGUCUAUGAGACCAUUUCAAAUGUGACCCUGAGGGCCAACGUCAUUGAUCUAAUGGAACUGAAUGACACUGCCAUUUUCUCCUGCUCUGUGUCCUCUGGCUCCUUCCCCUUCUCUUACCGCUGGCUGAAUGGCAGCUCUGAGGUCACAGCCAGAUAUAGAAUUCAGCUUGGUGAUGGAGGCCGUACUCUCACCAUAGCCAAUGUGACCCGGUAUGACCAGGGGCCAUACAGGUGUAUUGUGUCCAACCCCGUCAGCAGUAAACCCAGCCAGAAUCUAACCCUCAUCAUCAGCUAUGGUCCAGAAAACACCACAAUGAAGGUGACCCCUCUAGAUGUACUGUAUGGAUCAGGGUCAAACCUCACCCUGUCCUGCUCAGCUGAGUCCAGUCCGUCUGCCCAGUUUCAGUGGCUUCUGAAUGGAACACUGCUGUCCAAUAACAGACCAGAACUCAGGCUGGAGAACAUCCAGGCCAAUCAGAGUGGUAGCUACAGCUGCUGGGCCCAUAACACCAGAACCCUGAGGUACCAGACAUCUGAGCCCUCUGACAUCACUGUGCUGGAACCAAUAUCUGGUGCUAACAUCACUACUACCCCAAACUCUUCAAUCAUCGAGGGAGGCUCUGUGAACUUAACCUGUGAUGCUUCUGGCGCCGUCAUCACCAGAGAGUGGAUGAAAGAUGGUAACCCUCUGUCUGCUGGUGGCAACAUAAUCAUCUCUGAGGAUAAGAGCAUGCUGUCCAUAAACCCUGUGAAGAGAACAGACACUGGAGAAUACGGGUGUAGAGUCAGCAACCCCAUCAGCACCGCCAAUGCUAAACACGGUCUCAUUGUAAACUAUGGACCUGAUGGUAUGGAAAUAAUGGGUCCAUCUGAAAUAGAAGUAGGACAGAAGUUUACAUUGACCUGCUCUGCUGACUCCAUACCGACUUCUAGUUACACCUGGGUGCUUAACGGGACAGAGAUACCUGGACAUUCACCUGAGUUCACUAAAGAGAAGAGUGAAUACUCUGACAGUGGGGAUUACACCUGUACAGCAACAAAUUAUGUCACUGGAAACAAAACAUCUGUGGUCCAUAAACUGUCAGUAAAAGCGAAGGGCUCUCUAACUCCAGGUCUGUCUGCUGGUGCCAUCGCUGGGAUUGUGAUUGGAGUAUUGCUGGUUGUGGGAGUGGGAGUUGGUGUUACAGUGUUCAUCAAUAAAAAUGGAGGCUCUCAACAACCUGUACAUGACAACCCAUCACCUGUGUAUGAGAACACAAGACAAAAUCAAUCUCCACCUCUACCCCUGACAUAAGAGAAGUCAGUGGAAAAUAUCUCCAUUCAACCACCGUUCUCCAGUUUCCCCAUCAACACAUAAAACCUGCCAUGAUAACACCCAGUGUGGAUCUGUAAUAUAAUGUACAUAAUCAAUACAUUUAUCUCAUGUUUGUCUGCUUGAUUGUGUACUUUAUUAUUUGACAACAAUAACCUUUUUAAUGAAAGUAUAUGACAAAAUUUAUACUGUAACUUAGCUAAAUGAAGAAUAAUGUGGGGGAUGCAAUGUUAACAAUGUAAGGACCACCCACUUGGGAGCCAGGCCCACCCUCUUGGGAGCCAGGCCCACCCACUUGGGAGCCAGGCCCAGCCAAUCAGAAUACGCUUUUCCCCCAA